GGCUGCUGCGGCUGCUCCGCCGGCGGAUCAUCACUCUCGAGCUGGGAUGGACGCGGGGCGGGCGGGCCCUGGCGCGCAGAGCCAGGAGUCCGGGCCUCCUGGCUACUGAGCAUUCCCCAAAGCCUCCUCUAGCCCUUGCCUUCCUUCCUAGGAGCCGCACCGACCUCUGCCUCGAGGCUCGGGACUCGGCCCCCGCCCUCUUCUGACUCCCCGGAUCUCCCUCUCCCGCCCGCCCUCGGGAUCGACUAGAUCCCUCCCCCUCCCCGAGGAUUCCGGCUGGAUCCCUGCCCCUGCACCGCGGAUUCUGCGCUCCGGGGCUCCGGGCCCCUAGGGAUUGCCGUGGACUCCUCCUCCAGCACCCGAUCCCUUAGGAUCUAUCGCCUGAACCAUCUCCUGGUCCCUCGAAGCCAUCCCAGAGAGCCAGUGGAUCUCCAGUCCAGUCCUGUCCCAUUGCUCUCUCCUGGCUCAGCCUUCCCCACUGCGGGGUUCCCUGUUCUUGAGCUCCCUCUGACCCUAUACCCUAGCUUUCCUUUUCCUGGGGAUCGACUGGAUCCCGGCCCCGCCCCCCGGGGCUGGGGCGAUCCCCCUCCCCCGCCGGGUGAGGCGCUGCAGGCGGGGGCUGGGCCUGCGGGGCCGCGGGGGCUCAGAGGCCGCCGCCCCCCUUCUGAAGCCCGUCCGCCCCCCACUCGGAGCUCUGGAUGGAGGCACCACGGCCCCAGGGCUGAUCCAGGGAAGUGGGGACUGGGACUCCUGAGUCCCUAGGGAGAGCCUGCCCGGGAGGGAUCGAGGCAGGAAAGGGGCCUGAGUCUAGGACCCUCCCUCCUCUCACCCUGCCCUGGACAUUUACCACAUCGGACAUAGCCACCCCCAGCUUGGGUCUCUGCGGAGGGAAGAGGGCAGCUGGGGGAAGGGGGUUGGGCCUCCCAGCACCUUCUCCUACCUUCAUCCCCUUCCCCACCCCUUACCCCCUCCAUGGAGAGAAAUAGACUCCUCUUCUGUCCCUUCUAACCCAGGUCCCUACCCGUCCCCCUCCUCCUUCCUUUCCCCCGCCCCCUCCUCCCUCCUGGGGCGAGGGGGGCCUCCCUCCCUCUCCCCCCCUUCUCUCUCUCCGAGGGGGGGGUCAGGGGAGGGAGGGGGGGUCCCCCAAUCAGCAUGUGGCUCCUGGCGUUGUGUCUGGUGGGGCUGGCUGGGGCUCAACGGGGAGGAGGGGGUCCCGGCGGCGGCGCCCCGGGCGGCCCAGGCCUGGGCCUUGGCAGCCUCGGGGAGGAGCGCUUCCCCGUGGUGAACACAGCCUACGGGCGAGUGCGCGGUGUGCGGCGCGAGCUCAACAACGAGAUCCUGGGCCCGGUCGUGCAGUUCUUGGGCGUGCCCUACGCCACGCCGCCCUUGGGCGCCCGCCGCUUCCAGCCGCCGGAGGCACCUGCCUCGUGGCCCGGCGUGCGCAACGCCACCACCCUGCCGCCCGCCUGCCCGCAGAACCUGCACGGGGCCCUGCCGGCCAUCAUGCUGCCUGUGUGGUUCACCGACAACUUGGAGGCGGCCGCCACCUACGUGCAGAACCAGAGCGAGGACUGCCUGUACCUCAACCUCUACGUGCCCACUGAGGACGGUCCGCUCACAAAAAAACGUGACGAGGCGACGCUCAAUCCGCCAGACACAGAUAUCCGGGACUCUGGGAAGAAACCGGUCAUGCUGUUUCUACACGGCGGCUCCUACAUGGAAGGCACCGGGAACAUGUUUGACGGCUCGGUCCUGGCUGCCUAUGGCAAUGUCAUCGUAGCCACACUCAACUACCGUCUUGGGGUGCUCGGUUUCCUCAGCACUGGUGACCAGGCUGCAAAAGGCAACUAUGGGCUCCUGGACCAGAUCCAGGCCCUGCGCUGGCUCAGUGAGAACAUUGCCCACUUUGGAGGUGACCCCGAGCGCAUCACUAUCUUUGGGUCUGGGGCAGGCGCCUCCUGUGUCAACUUGCUGAUCCUCUCCCACCAUUCAGAAGGACUGUUCCAGAAGGCCAUUGCUCAAAGUGGCACUGCCAUUUCUAGCUGGUCUGUCAACUACCAGCCGCUCAAGUACACGCGGCUGCUGGCAGCCAAAGUGGGCUGUGACCGAGAGGACAGCACUGAAGCUGUGGAGUGUCUACGCCGGAAGCCUUCCCGGGAGCUAGUGGACCAGGAUGUGCAGCCUGCCCGCUACCACAUUGCCUUUGGGCCAGUGGUGGACGGCGACGUAGUCCCUGAUGACCCUGAGAUCCUCAUGCAACAGGGGGAAUUCCUCAACUACGACAUGCUCAUCGGUGUCAACCAGGGAGAGGGUCUCAAGUUUGUGGAGGACUCUGCAGAGAGUGAAGACGGUGUAUCCGCCAGCGCCUUCGACUUCACCGUCUCCAACUUCGUGGACAACUUGUAUGGGUAUCCGGAAGGCAAGGAUGUGCUUCGAGAGACCAUCAAGUUCAUGUAUACGGACUGGGCUGACCGGGACAAUGGCGAGAUGCGGCGUAAGACCCUGCUGGCACUCUUCACUGACCACCAGUGGGUGGCCCCAGCUGUGGCCACUGCCAAGCUACAUGCUGACUACCAGUCCCCUGUCUACUUUUACACGUUUUACCACCACUGCCAGGCUGAGGGCCGGCCAGAGUGGGCAGAUGCAGCGCACGGGGAUGAGCUGCCCUACGUCUUUGGUGUGCCCAUGGUGGGCGCCACUGACCUCUUCCCCUGCAACUUCUCCAAGAAUGAUGUCAUGCUCAGCGCAGUAGUCAUGACCUACUGGACCAACUUCGCCAAGACUGGUGACCCCAACCAGCCUGUGCCACAGGACACCAAGUUCAUCCACACCAAGCCCAACCGCUUUGAAGAGGUAGUGUGGAGCAAGUUCAACAGUAAGGAAAAGCAGUACCUGCACAUAGGCUUGAAACCGCGUGUGCGCGACAACUACCGUGCCAACAAGGUGGCCUUCUGGCUGGAGCUCGUGCCCCACCUGCACAACCUGCACACAGAGUUCUUCACCACCACCACCACGCGCCUGCCUCCCUAUGCCACACGCUGGCCACCUCGCACACCCGGUCCCGGCACUUCCGGCACACGCCGUCCUCCCCCACCCGCCACUCUGCCACCUGAGUCUGAUAUUGACCUAGGCCCAAGGGCCUAUGACCGCUUCCCCGGUGACUCGAGGGACUAUUCCACGGAGCUAAGCGUAACUGUGGCAGUGGGAGCCUCCCUCCUCUUCCUCAACAUCCUUGCCUUUGCCGCUCUCUACUACAAGCGGGACCGGCGCCAGGAGCUGCGGUGCAGACGGCUCAGCCCACCAGGAGGCUCAGGCUCAGGUGUGCCUGGUGGGGGCCCCCUGCUUCCCACUGCUGGCCGCGAGCUACCCCCCGAGGAGGAGCUGGUAUCGCUGCAGCUCAAGCGGGGUGGUGGUGUUGGGGCGGACCCUGCUGAGGCCCUGCGCCCUGCCUGUCCACCCGACUAUACCCUGGCCUUGCGCCGGGCACCGGACGAUGUGCCUCUCUUGGCCCCGGGGGCCCUGACCCUGCUGCCUAGUGGCCUGGGGCCUCCACCCCCACCCCCACCUCCUUCUCUCCAUCCCUUUGGGCCCUUCCCACCACCACCCCCUACUGCUACCAGCCACAACAACACGCUACCCCAUCCCCACUCCACCACUCGGGUAUAGGGGGCGGCUUGGGGAGGUCUGCCUCCCGAGCCCUCCCGAGCCCAGGCCAUGUGAAGGCAGGGAGGAGAACUCAGCACCGGGCUUUACCCCUGUGGAUUUGUCAAACUUCGUGGAGCAAUGUUAAGGUGGACAUGAGAUUCCUCACUGGGAAGAGAGUUUUUCCCAUGCAGAGAGCCCUGUUAUCUCCUCUGGACCUGGGCCUUUGAACACCUGGGGGGUAUUUUCUACCCUCCAUUGGGACACCAGACUUCGGUGUGUGGAAAUGUGAAGUCUUUUUGCCCAUGUGGAGACAUGUUUUCCCAUGUGCAGGGUGAGGUUUGUUUGGGUUUUUUUUGUUUUGUUUUGUUUUGUUUUUUGUUUGUUUGUUUUUGGUUUUUUGGUUUUGUUUUUGUUUUCUGCCCUGGACACAUGUUGGCCUCCUCAAAGAAUUUCUGCGGGGAUUUGCACCCCAUGCCUUUGCCUUCUCCUCCCCGUCCAACUCCCUGGAGACCCUGGAAGUGAUGUGUGCACAUACGGUGACCCUUGGCCACCAGACAAUACAGGGUGGCACCUGGGGAGCAGCAAGGAAAUCACAGGCCCCCUGGACCCCGCUCCCUACCCACCCCUGUAAAGCAUGUUUCUCCCCCAUGGCACAAGACAGGUGAAGCACGUUCUCCCUGGAAGCCCUCACCUCCCACAGACAACACAGAGUUCCUGCUAGAGGAAAGGGAGGAUCUCUGUGCACCCCAGGACUGCCUGGAAACUUACCUUCCGAUGGUCCGGGACACAUUUCAUCGAGUGGAAACGUGUUCUUGCAUGUGGAUGUGUGUUUCCCAGGCAGAGGGUCCUGCGUUCCCCAGCACUUCCCUGCAUUCUCCCACACCUCACACCUCGGGUCCAGCACACACUUCCUCCUUGCAUAGUAGGUGGGAACAGACCUGGAAUUGACAGAAGCCACAUGGGAAGUACAGACUUGGAGGGACACGUUGAGGUGGGGGGGUGGGGAGCAUGGCACGUGUCACACAAGAGGCCAUGCAUGUUUACCCUCAGCUCUCAUGGGGCCUGAGGAGCCUUUUCCUCUGUCCUCGAGAUCAUUGCUCAUCUGUGCCAAACUGGGUAGAUGGGUUGGGAGACUCUCAAAAUGUGCCAAGGAUCCCCUAAGUCCAGGGAAGGGAAAAGCCGGGAGCAGGUGGCAGCUAAGGUGGUCCCCCUGCACCUCCCAUGUCAUUUCUCCUUCUCUGCUGUGGUUCCUCCUCUUUCUCCAUCACUGGCUCCUUCUUUGAUGCGCUCCCCCCAUCUCAGGGUCAGACCAGCUUUCUCUCCUCACCUUCUUUAACCUGUCUCCCUCCCUGAUUGGCUGCGCUGAAGAAGAACAGAAGCCGAGGAAGGGGGAGGGAAGGAGUCAGGGAAAAAGGUUACAUGGACAGGCUGGGGAGAGAAUGAGGUCAGCUGUACCAAGCAGCAGAUGGAGGGGCCGUGGGGACUGGGCAGACACCAGCAGGAAGAUUUUGAAAGGAGAUGUGGGAGGCCACUGCCCAGAGGUCUUUGGCUUUGGACCUCUUGGGGAAAAGAAUGAUGCCAGGGAGGGUUGAAAGGGACACCAGUGGUGUGGCUGAAUCGUCAUGUAUUGUUUGGCUUUCUGAGGGAUGUUAGUGCCAAACUUGUAUAGGGGUGGGGUGCUGUCUUCCACUGACACCCAGAUCCAGAAUCCUUGGUCUUGAGUCCCUUGUCCUUUCUCCAUCCCCUACCCCCCCCCCCAUGGAAAUGUAGUUCUUUUCUGGCCCUUUCCCCUGCCUGGUCUAGCAAUUCUUGGAACAGCCAUGCCUUCCAAAUGCUAUCAACCUGGGCCCUGAGCCCUGUAAAGCAGAUGCCCCAGAGCUGGGGUGUGAGAGAGGGGCUGGGGGACCCCAUGAUACAGCCACGGACUCCAAUGCCCAGCCCCUUUCCAAAUAAUCCCGUGUCCCCACCCCAACCCUUUGCGGCUCUGUACACAUUUUUAAACCUGGCAAAAGAUGAAGAGAAUAUUGUAAAUAUAAAAGUUUAACUGUU